AUGCGUUAUAAACUGUCAGCAUCAAUGGCACUCUUCACUGCACUUGAAUAUGCCUCAGAUGCAAUAGAAAUUGUCAAUGCCGAUCAUGAAAUACAGUACAUCAAUCGUGCUUAUGAGCGCCUUUCUGGCUAUGCCACCGAUGAAAUACUUGGGAAAAAUGCCAAAGAAUUUCCGAGGAGUGAAAAAGUUAAACCAGAACAUAUGGAUAUUAUUAACAAUCACCUUGUGAAAGACAAAUUGUGGGAAGGUAUGCACUAUAUGCGCAGGAAGAGUGGGGGUAGCAUCCCCCACCACUGUCAGAUUGUUCCAGUUUUGGGUCCACGAGGAUUUUUCUGUUUCUAUCUUACUACAUAUCUUUAUCUCUCUUUACCUCAUUUUAUCUCUCUCUUUAUCUCUUUUUAUCUCUCUCUUUCCCUUUUUAUCUCUCUCACUGUAUCCUUAUCUCUCUCUUUAUCUCUGUUUCUCUCUACAUAUCUCUCUCAGUCUCUCUACAUAUCUCUCUCUCAGUCUCUCUACAUAUCUCUCUCUCAGUCUCUCUACAUAUCUCUCUCUCUCAAUAUCAUAUCUCUCUCUCUCAGUCUCUCUCUCUCAUAUCUCUCUCUCUCUCAAUAUCUCUACAUAUCUCUCUCUCUCAAUAUCUCUACAUAUCUCUCUCUCUCAAUAUCUCAUAUCUCUCUCUCAUCUCUACAUAUCUCUCUCUCAGUCUCUCUCCAUAUCUCUCUCUCUCAAUAUCUCUACAUAUCUCUCUCUCUCUCAAUAUCUCUACAUAUCUCUCUCUCUCUCAAUAUCUCUACAUAUCUCUCUCUCUCAAUAUCUCUACAUAUCUCUCUCUCUCUCUCAAUAUCUCUACACAUCUCUCUCUCUCUCAAUAUCUCUACACAUCUCUCUCUCAAUAUCUCUACACAUCUCUCUCAAUAUCUCUACACAUCUCUCUCUCUCUCUCUCUCUCAAUAUCUCUACAUAUAUUUAUCUCUCUCUCAAUCCCUGUAUAUAUCCUUAUCUCUCUCCAAAUCUUUCUCUCUCUCCAUACAGAUCUUUCUAUCUCAGCCUCUAUAG